CGGCCCGGCCGCCUCCUCCGCCCCCUCCCCGUCCCCGUCCCUCUCCCUUCCCACCCGGCCCCGCUGCCAGGGGCGAAGCCGCCCGCCGGGCCCCGCGGCUUUUUUUCUUGGAUUUUAUUACUGGAAAACUCUCUAAUGACAACAUUGCUUAGGAGCUGAGUGUCGUGACCUGCCCUGCUCCUGCCCGCUUGGUGUGGCAACGACCUGAAGGACAUCUUGGAGCCACCUGUACUGCUUCAUGCAGUUAAAUGUUCUGAGGUCAUGAAACUUAAUCCACAGCAAGCCCCGUUAUAUGGUGACUCUGUUAUUACAGUGCAGCUGACUGAGGAAGAUAAAGUUGAAGAUGAUGUAGUUUUUUAUUUGGUCUUCACUGGAUCAACUGUCCAACACUGCACAAGCACAAGAAAGAUUAAUCCUGGGAGUCUGGAGACAAUUUCUCCUGGCCAUGACUGUUGUGAGACAGUGAAGGUGGCACUUUGUGCCUCCAGAGAAGGUCACCCUGUUCUGGUUGUGGCAGAAGAGAGUUUCCAGUUUGUCCAGGAUGAAGCCUACGAUGCCGCCCAGUUUCUGGCCACCUGUGCUGGCAACCAGCAGGCGCUGAACUUCACGCGGUUCUUGGACCGGUCAAGACCCCCUGCUGCAGACGUGGACUUUCUGGAUGAGAAAGUGGCUUUGGCGUUUCGACACCUGAAGCUUCCAGCAGAAUGGAACGUGCUGGGAGCAGACCAGUCCCUGACCGAGAACAUCCCUCGGGAGACACUGAUGCAUUUUGCGGUGAGGCUGGGUCUGCUGCGGCUGACGUGGUUUCUGCUCCAGCAGCCGGGAGGAAGAGGAGCUCUGAGCAUCCACAACAACGAAGGGGCAACGCCCGUCAGCUUGGCCUUGGAGAGGGGCUACCAGAAGCUGCACCAGCUUUUGACAGAGGAGGAGGCCAGGGAGCCGGACUCCUGGAGCACCUUGUCUCACACGGUGCACUCGGGGGACUACAGCGUGAAGCACCACCGCGGGCUCAACGUGUACCUGCUGACCGCUGAGGCCAAGGAAGGGGUGGCGUCCAGCUGGGAGAGGGACAUACAGCACCUGCAGAUGCACAUGCAGAGCCACCAGCACAAGAGUUCCAGGCAGCAGACAGAGCCAGUACUGGGGGAUUCUGGAGACAGUUGUGCUAAAGGAGCAGAGCCAGAUCAUUGCCUGACCACUACCUCUCAGAGCCUUGAAGAAAUGGCAAGAGAAGAAAGGCAUGAAAAUCCAUCUGAUCUGGGUCACCUGGACUUUGGACAGCUCUCAGACCAAACCCAACAGGAGGAGAAAUGCAACAGCAGGAGAUUGGGAACUUUUAAUGAUGCACCCAAUAACUUGGUUAGCCUGGGGGAUGGAAACAGCCCAGAGUCAUUCUAUGAAAGUAAAAACACAGAGAUAUUGUGUAAAAAGGAAGAGGUGGGGCCAACCUCUGCUGAAGACUCUGGGACUGUAUCAGAUGAGAAGGAAUGCACUGUGAGCCCGUGUGCAAGUGUAAACGGUGCUGUAAAUCUUCCAUCCUCUGGAAAUACAAAUGAGGCAGCUGGAAUGACAUCUGCUGGAGUUGUUCUGGAUCAAGCUGGUUUGGGCAGUACAGAUACUGCCCAUCAGGAAGUGCAAGGUGCAGCUGGCAGUGCUGCUGCUGUGGUUGCAGCUGCAGGUGAAGCCCCAGCUUCCUCGGAGGGCCUGGAUGUGGUUAUGGGCCAGGCUGAAUGCAGGAACUGUGCCAGGGCCACUGAGAGGGCUGCGGGCCAGCAGCAGGGAGAGGAUGGGAUGGCAGAGGCGGGCGAGAGGACUGCAAACCUGGAAGAGGAAUCUCCAGCUAAGGAGGAGUCAGCCAGUGCUGCUCAGCCCUUACUCAGUGGUGUUAAUGGCACUGAGUGUUCGAAUGGGGAGGAUGCAAACAUGGGAGUGGCACCGGCCUGGGAUGGUACAAAUGCAGAUGGUGGCACUGGCGAUGUCUCUGUUGACCUUUGCAAGAGUGGCGAUAACAAAGAGACUGGAUCAUGCACUGCUCAGGUAAACGGUGACUUCGUGGAAAGCCAAGGCAAUGCCUGUGUCACAGCAAGGCAGGAUGUCACUGCGAGCGCUGGGGAAGCACUACCAGCAGUGAAUGGAGUGAAGGUUCCUGCCUGUGCAUCAAAACCUGAUCCUGGUUCAGAGAUCCAUGGCAGCAGUAAGAGUGGGGAGCGAGAAAGGCAGAUGGAAGCAGGUUGCAUGGAUGGAAAAUCCAGCUUGCCCUCACUGGAAGGCAGUGUGGAAACUGAUGGCCCUGAUGCUGAACCUGAAAACAAUGAUGUUGGUGGAUCUAAUGGAAGCGGUGCAGAACCUGAGCAUUGCCAGGAGAGCAGUGAGAUCACUGACCAUGGGGCUGAAGCAAUGGAGAACAGUGAAAAGGAGCCAGUAGGAACUGAUACCAGCAGCCCCAGAGAUGGAGGAAGUGUAAAUUCUGCAGGUCAGGAAGUUGAUGGCUGUCGCCUUUCUGCUGCUCAGACUGGCAUUAAAGAUGAAAUGGGCAACAGCUUCAAACCAGUCACUGCUCAGGAGAGCGAAUGUGAGCCUACAUCGCUCCCUCCAGAGGACUUGAGCACAGGCCUGGCAGAGAAGGAGCCUGCCCAGACCGAAGCAGAGAUAGCAGAAAGUGCUUCAGAGCAGGAGGGGCUGAACAAUGAGGUGAAAUCGCCGGCUCCCCUGCCCAGAGGAGAGGGACCGGCUGUGAGUCAGGAGGGAGAUGCUGCAGUGGCACCUCCUGGGCAGGAGGCAGCUCUACAAGGUAAUGACCCUGGAUUAGUGCCAUGUGCCAAUGGUGCAGACUGUGCCAAGGAUAAUUUAAUGGGCACACCCUCUGCAAUUCAUAAUGAGGACUCUAAACAAAACCAGGAAGCAGUGGUGGCGGGGGCAGACUCAGCAGAGCUCUCCUGGCAGCACGGCGGGGAGCAUGGCGGGGUAGCUGCCGGCAGGCCCGGGAACUGUGCUGGGGAUGAGAGCUCCCUGGAGCAGGGCCUCUCUCAGGCUGAAGGAGGCAAAGCUGAGCCUGAGUGGGAGGCUCAUGCGAAUGGCAAGGAGCAGGUUUUGUCAGAGGAACUUCCUACUGCUCUUGUGAAAUCGUCUGCCUGCAGUCUUGGGGGGCCUGUGGUGGGCAGCAGCAAUGUGGAUGCUGGGCUAAAAGAAAAACCUGAAGAAGCGCAGAAGGCCGGAGCAGUGGCCGCAGGAGAAGGCACCAUGCAUGGACCUGCAUCAGCAGAUGAGUCACUGGGUGCGGAGAGUGACCCCUGUCUGAAUGCGAGGCUGAACCAAGAACAUGAUCCCAGUCAGACCCUACAACGGAUCUCCCUGCACAGCAGCACCUCUGAGUUAAAGGACACCUCAGAAAUGGGAGCCCCGAGUGAUGCCUGUGAGGGUAAGGAAGUACUGAGGCCGGUGACAAUGACCCCUGUUGCAGCAUAUCCGGAGGAGCAGGAGGAUACGGACAGCGUGCUUCCCCGGGCAGCACUCCAGCCCAUCGCAGAGGAGCCCACGUGUGACAGCGACUCCAGCACCGACACUGUUUGUCCGGCCGGCGACAGUGAUGCUGGUCCUGUUGGGAAAGCAGCUCAAGGGGAUGAACAUGAUGGAAAGCAAAGCCGAGCUGUACCUGAAUUGCCCGUCUCACCAUGUUCCUGCCAUUUACCUGCUGUUGAGUCACUGGAAAAUGUGGGAGUAAAGAGUUUGGUAUCGGCAGACGAUGGCUCCUCUCUGGAUAAAGUUCCUAAAAUGGUAAAAAGUUUCGAUGCGGUGGUUUUUGCAGCAGAGAUACCUCGUUCCUCUGAAUUACCAGCCCCAGAAAAAGGGGAGCUUGAGCCCCAGGCUGCAGUGGAUGUUGGAGUCAGCCUUAAUGGAGAAAUGGAUUUAAGUUCCUCAACAAAGAAGAAGAAUGUCAGCCUGGCAGUGCAAGGAGCUGAGCCUGUUACAGGGAAGCUGGAAAUGAAAACUGAGGACGAGGUGGAUUUUCUGAAAGACGGCACCGAGAGUGCAGCCCGCGAGGAAGUGAUAAACCGCGAAAGCUGGUGUUCGCUGGAGCCAUGUCCCGAUCCCUCCCUGCUGGAGCGCAAGCGGACACGGGAGUCUCCAGAAUGUGAGAACUUCCUGGAGGAUGGGCUGAGUGGUGUCUGUGCCUCGUCACAGGGUGGUCUUAAGAGAGAGUCUGGGAGCGAGUCUGACCUCUUCCCCUUGUCUGGUGAUGGGAUGGAAGACCUUGUCUUUGGAAAGCAGCCUGAAGAGGAGCAGUCUGCAUGUGAUGUCACCAGCUCCAGUUCCUCUGCAGAUGACACCAUGUCCCUGGAGAGGAACUCAUCCCUGGGCAGCGACACAUCCCUUCCCUUCCCACCGACUGUGAACUUUGCCCAGCCCAAGGACAGGCACAGCCUGGAUGGCAGCUGCACCAACAUGGUGGCCUCUGAGGGAGGAGAGAAGGAAGAGGAGCUGGACAGUAUCACAGAUGUGCCCACCCAUUCCUCUGUCUUACGCAACUCCAUGCGACCACUGUCUCCUUUCCGUCGGCACAGCUGGGGGCCGGGGAAGAAUGCCACCAAUGAAGCAGAAAUAAACCAGAGGAGUUCAAUGCGAGUUCUGGGGGAUGGUAUAAAGAAGCCUCCCAUUCAUAGGAGAAGUUUGAGCUGGUGUCCCUCAGGCGUACAGUACCUUGCCAUGGGUCCUGACUUUACUUGUAGAAGUUACAGCCUAGAAGGCCUUGCUGGAGACUCUGGUGAGAACAAGAAGCCCUCUACAAACUUGGAGGGUUCUUCCCUGAGCUCCAAAGACCUCAGGCGGAGUCCACUUGCCAGCAAUCAGUGUGGGUCCCUGGUCCUGCUCACUGAAGAGCAAGGAGAAAUCAGAGACUAUGGUCACCAGGCGCGUCAGACAUCGCAGCCACAAGGAUUUAAUUUCUGUUCUUCUGCUGCUUCAUCUCCGCUGACCAAAUCCAUGUCUCUAAUGUCAAUUAGCAAGCCAGUGCUCGACAGUACGCAGUCGUUCGGCGGCUCCACGGGCUCCUCAGUUCAGAGCAUAUCUGAAGAGAGCAGCAGUGUCCCCGCUGGCAAAGGUGUAACGAAAGUCAGUCGCACUUUCAGCUACCUCAGGAAUAAAAUGUCCAGCAGCAAGAAGAGCAAAGAAAAGGAGAAAGAUAAAGAGAAGACUAAAGAGAAGGACAAAGAUUCCAAGGAGAAGGAAAAAGAUAAGAAGAUGUCAAAUGGACAUGUCUUCACUGCAACCUCCGUUGUAGCCCAAGCAACCUGUUACCACUGUAUGAAGCCUUUCAAUAAGGAUUCGUACUACUGUGCAAACUGCAAUGCAAUUGUUCACAAAGGCUGUAAGGAGAGUUUUGCUUCUUGUGCAAAGGUCAAAAUGAAGCCACAGAGAGGGAUGCUGCAGGCACAUGAUACCUCUUCGUUACCCACAGUAACCAUGAGAAACAAAAGCUCGCAGCCCAAGGAGCGCCCUCGCUCUGCAAUCCUUGCUCCUGACGAAAGCACUGUCACCUCAAUGUUCAACAACAGGAGAUCAUCACAGCAGCCUACAGCACUUUCUAAAAGUGUCUCGAUACAGAACAUUGCAGGCAGAGUUGGGAACGAUGACAGCUUAAUACACACUUGGAAAUUCCUGUCGCAGUCAACAGACUCCUUACAUAAAAUCAGCCGGGUGAAUGAAUCCAUGGAGUCACUGGUUGAUGAAGGAGCGGACAUGAAUGAAGGACAGCUCAUGGGAGAACUGGAAUUAGAUUCCAAGCAGCUGGAGGCAGAGUCCUGGAGCCAAGUAGUGGACAGCAAGUUCCUACAGCAGCAAAACAAAGAUGUUGUCAAACGGCAAGAUGUCAUUUACGAGCUAAUGCAGACAGAAAUGCAUCACGUCCGCACCCUGAAGAUCAUGAACGAUGUGUACAGCGCAGCGAUGUUGAAGGAGCUGCAGUAUGAUCAACAAGUCAUUGACAAGAUCUUUCCCUGCCUGGAAAACUUGCUGCAAAUCCACAGUAACUUUUUCCAGCGGAUUCUGGAAAGGAAGAAGGAGUCAUUGGCAGACAAAAGUGAAAAGAACUUUGUUAUCAGGAGGAUAGGUGACAUCCUAGUGAGUCAAUUCUCUGGUGACAGCGCCGAGCGAAUGAAGAAAACCUACGGCAAAUUCUGCGGGCAUCACAACGAGGCAGUCAAUUACUUCAAAGAUCUGUACUCCAAGGACAAGCGGUUUCAGGCGUUUGUCAAGAAAAAAAUGAGCAGCUCCCUGGUGAGGCGUCUUGGGAUUCCUGAAUGUAUCCUGUUGGUAACGCAGAGAAUCACGAAGUACCCUGUCCUUUUACAAAGGAUACUGCAGUACACCAAAGAAAACGAAGUGGAACAUGAAGACUUGACUCAGUCAUUAAACCUCGUUAAAGAUGUGAUUGCUGCAGUCAACAGCAAAGUCAGCAACUAUGAGAAGAAAAUGCGUCUUGGUGAGAUUUACAACCGGACGGACAGCAAGUCCAUCAUGAGGAUGAAGAGUGGCCAGAUGUUUGCAAGAGAGGACUUGAGGCAUCGGAAACUCAUCCGAGAUGGGCCUGUUUCACUAAGAAGUGCAGCUGGAAGGCUAAAAGAAGUCCAGGCUGUUCUCCUCUCUGACAUGCUCGUGUUCCUUCAGGAGAAGGACCAGAAGUAUGUGUUUGCCUCACUGGACCAGAAAUCCACUGUGAUCUCUCUGAAGAAGUUGAUAGUACGGGAAGUGGCUCAUGAAGAGAAGGGUUUGUUCCUGAUCAGCAUGGGUGGAAAAGAUCCCGAAAUGGUGGAAGUCCAUGCCAGCUCCAAAGAAGAACGUAACGGCUGGAUACAGAUAAUUCAGGACACAAUGAACACCAUGGAUAGAGAUGAAGACGAAGGAGUCCCUUGUGAGUCUGAGUUCGAAAAGAAAUUGUCUGAUGCAAAAGUGAGAGGACUGAAAGAACAACUUCAGCAGAAGGAUAAGCAGAUCCUGCUCUUGCUGGAGGAGAAGACGAAGAUCUUCCGGGACAUGGCAGACAGUUCUGUGCAGGAGGAGAUGCCAGGGUCCAGGCUGCUCUUCAGAGCCAACACAGAAGAGGCUCCAAAAGGAGAGGCCAUUAUGAAAACAGCAAUAAAUGAAGUCGAACUGCUGCAAGAUCUGGUGAACAGGAGCCUGGGCACUGCCCUCGGACAGCAGGUCAGCAGCACUGCCAUGGAACAGGAAGGAGGAGUUGGCCCCGUCUCUCUUCCUAGAAGGGCAGAAACUUUUGGAGGAUUUGACAGUCAUCAGAUGAACGCUUCCAAGGCAAAGCAGAAGGGAGGUGUUUCCUCCUGCAAAGAGGUGGAAGGUCCCAGGACGUGGCGCAGGAGAGAAGGUGGAGCGAAAGAUGAAGGCGAUGACACUCAGGACCUUCGAAGAACAGAAUCAGACAGCAUUUUAAAGAAGGGUGGAAAUGCUAAUCUGAUGUUCAUGUUGAAAAGGAAUAACGAGCAGGUCCUCCAAACCAUUACCAGCCUCCAUAAGUUGCUCAGUGCUUUGCAGGGCGUCGUGCUGCAGCAGGACACCUACAUUGAGGACCAGAAGCUGGCUCUGAGUGAGAGGGCUCUGACCCGAAGCUUCUUCCGGCCGACCUCGCUGCUGGAGCAGGAGAAGCAGCGCAACCUGGAGAAGCAGCGCCAGGAGUUGGCCAACCUGAAGAAGCAGCAGACACAGCACCAGGAGGAGAGGCGGAGGAGAGAGAAGGAAUGGGAAGUCCGGGAGAAGGAACUGGCAGAGCAGGAGGCCCAACUGGCCCAGCGCGAGGAGCAGGUCCAGAGAAGGUGGCAGGAGCUGGAGCGGGAACGAGAGGAGCUGCAGAUGAAGAAGGCUGCCUACCAGCUCGACCUGGAGAGGCUUCGCACGGCGCAGAAGCAGCUGGAGAGGGAGAAGGUGCAGCUCAAGCAGGAUAUGGAGCGAUUAUCUCAAAUGCGGCAGGAGCCUGACCACAACCAGGUUUCAAUCUACAUGAGAACUUGCAAGAGUCUCCUCCCAGUCCAGCAUCGAUGAAUCCUCCAAGCAGCAGAAGAGCCCUUCCCUUCCUAAACACAAGGGCACUUUGAUGCAGAACUGUCUGUCUCCCCCAAAAGGAACAGUCUUUCAGGACCACAAAGAGAAAAGCACUUUCCAUUGCUUAGCACAACAACCAGACUAACAAGGCAGCUGAGGAACAGACUCAGAUGCCUACUCGCCUCUUCAGUUUAGCCAAACCAAAGGAGAAGAAGGAAAAGAAGAAAAAGGCAGAGGACAUCGCUCCCAACAGUCUGAUUCUCACUCGUCAGAAGCACCUCCAGAGGGUGAGGAAUUCUUCUGCUGAGCACAGACUGCUCCUGUGGCCACUCGUGGCAAUUGGCACCGUGGACAUCUCCCUGCCUGUUACAGCAGCAGGUGGCUGGUGCCUGCGCUGGACAGCAUCUGGAGGUUUUAAAUAAAAUGUGUUAUGAAGUCUGUUUAGUGGUGGAUAAGGGCCUCUCUCCUGUGGUUUUGUGUGAAUUCUCACCACAGAGGCUGAACUGCACAGCAAAUAGUGCUAUCUCUCUGUGCAAACCUUGGGUUAAAUGAAUCGGGAUAGACAUUUUCGGUCUCUUCUUACUGCUAACAUAGCCUUAAGGGGUCUGUGCCUUCAAAUUCGCCUUUUCUGGGGAACAUAACCAAAACCAAGCAUUUAGCAAAAGAUUAGGACUCUGCGAAUGGUGCGUACACACUGGCAUAUAUAGAUAUACUGUAUAUAUACAUAUAUGUAUCUAUGUGUCCACUGGGAUGUGCUUACAGCCAAGGUUGGCCCAUGGGGAUAGAUGAUACCUGAUGACUUUCAGGGAGUGUGUAGAUAUUAAAUAUCUUGCCCUUACUACUCCGAUUGUAAUGCCAGUGACCCGCAUGCCCCUUUGGUGUUCAUGGUUUCAGAAGGGUACCUUACAUCGGGAAGCAGUAAAAAACAACAACUCAGAGGAAAAAAAAAAAACCCACAAAAUUUAAAGUCAUUCUGAAAGAUUUCCAUGGGGCAGAGGAUUCAAAUGUCAAAUUGUUUCCAGAGCCAAGUAGAACAUCUUUAUGUAUAUUUAAAAUGGUGCAGAAAAGAGAAAUUUGGUAGGCUGGUAGGGCAAUCCCAGGGAGCCAGAACAGACCAUGUUCAAGUGGGAACAACUCUAAGCAACAUUUUACACAAUGAUCACUUUGAGCUCCAUCUCAUUCCUUCCUGAAGCAAAGAUUAUCUUUUUUGCUGGAAGAGUUCUCCUGUUGUAUUUGACAUCCCCAUACAAGCCUAAUGACUUCCUGGGGGGAUGGCUAAAAAUCUACUUUUAGAGACCUUUGUUCUGUUAUUUGUAUUUUCUUAGCCCACUUUUGUGUUAACAUUGGGCUUCUGUUUCCCGGAUUUAUGUCAGCUUCCCUUACUCCUUUCUAAGGCAGAAUGAGACAACAGCAGUCUCAGAGCACUUCAGUGAGACAUUAUGGGUCAGGGGCCUGUGUGCUACGAGCAGAGCCAACUCCAGAGAUGGCUCCCAUUCCUAUGGCUGUACAAUACCAUGCACUUAGUAGCCAUUUCUGGGGAGAAAAAUGUUCUCAUGGACAAAACCACUGUGAGACAGUCCAAAGAUCCAGCAUGGCAGGUCACUGUGGGCUCUAGGGUGAAAGUGUCUGUGCGUCCCUGUGUUGUCAUCAGCAGAAGGGGAAGGUCCGAGGGCAGCUCUCCCUGUGCCAACUGAGGUGUUUGUACAGCUGUUGAAUGCAGGGAUGUGUUCAGCAGGGGAGGAGAAAUGCAGAGAGCCACACUGUUCUCCAAAAUUAUUAUUCUUCCAAACCUUCUCAGGAGAACUAACCCAAAUGGAUUUGUAAAUGUUAUAAGACGCCACCAUCUUCAAAACAGCUCAAGGGUUUGCUCAGAGUUUGAAGCUGUCAAGUGUAGUUCCUUUCCUGACUUUUUUUUUCUGUAAAAAUAACAACCAUUUCUCUUCUUGCACUGUUGUUGAUUUCAGUGUUGCUCUCUGGCUUCUGCACGAGCUGGUAACCACAGCAGUUUCCAGAGUUAGUGGCUGUGUGUAUCAGCAGCAUUGAUGUGAGAUGGAUGCUUGGCCUGGGCAGUCUUGUCAGUGCAGGAACCCUCAAGCACCUGCUUGCUUUUGAACUCUCUACACUAUUAAGACUCAAAAAAAAAAGAAAAACAAAAGAGGAAGAAAGGAAAAAAAGUUUGAAAUUAAUUGUAUUUUGAUUUUUUUAAUAUUAUUUGGUGCUUGUUCUUAAUUGCAGCAGGGCUUGCAAAAAUAUUUAUCUUUCUGUUUAUUUGAAAGAGUUCUUUUUUUUAAAAGGAGUUUACUUGGUUUUAUUUUUUUAUUUCUUUUUGCUUUUGUUUGGGGGAUGGUUUGGGGUUUUUCUCUUUCUUCCCCCCCCCCCCUUUUUUUUUGUUGUGGUUUGUUUUGUGUUUCUUACCAAAAGAUUGGUAAACCAAAUAUUCUUAUCUCCCUGGUUCCUACAAAACCAGGGUUUGGGCAGUGCUGCUUUGCAGCUCAUGCCAUGCCCAGAGUUACACAAUUUCAACUGAGAGCUUCUUUAAGGCAGAGCACCUUUGGGCCAAAAGAAGUUUGGAAAAGACGCCGUGACUUCAGACAAGGCUCCUCCUAUCAGUUAGUUGCUUGUUUAAAUAUUUUGGUUAGGUUUUCUCAUACCUUUUGGAGGUAAAGAAAAAUCAAAGCAUGGAAUACCUUGCAGUGAUCUGAGGGUCUGGUCACUUCUCCAGGGAGAUGGAAGGCUCCUCUCCUGACCCAAGGGAAGCUGAAGAAAGAAUGUGCUGGUGGUGUGGUGUUACCUUUUCAUAAUAACCCACCGAUUUUAGAAA